AUGCUGCCCAUCUGGCUGAGCACGAUCGUGUACUCGGUGGUGUUCACCCAGAUGGCGUCGCUGUUCGUGGAGCAGGGCGCCACCAUGAACACUAACAUCGGGUCGUUCCACUUCCCCGCCGCGAGCAUGUCGCUGUUCGACGUCCUCAGCGUGCUGGUGUUCAUCGCCAUCUACCGGCGGGUCCUGGUGCCCGUCAUGGCACGGCUGUCGAGCAACCCGCAGGGCCUGACCGAGCUGCAGCGCAUGGGCGUCGGGCUCGUGAUCGGCAUGGCGGCGAUGGUGGUGGCGGGCGUGGUGGAGGUGGAGCGGCUGAAGCGCGUGGCAGCCCCGGACCAGCCGAGCUCCCUGAGCGUGCUGUGGCAGGUGCCGCAGUACGCGCUGAUUGGGGCGUCGGAGGUGUUCAUGUACGUGGGGCAGUUGGAGUUCUUCAACGGGCAGGCGCCCGACGGCGUCAAGAGCUUCGGCAGCGCGCUGUGCAUGGCGUCCAUCUCGCUGGGGAACUACGUGAGCAUCAUGCUGGUGAGCGUGGUCACGAGCCUCACCGCCGGGGAGAAGCGUCCGGGGUGGAUCCCUGGGAACCUCAACUCCGGCCACCUGGACAGGUUCUACUUCCUCCUCGCCGCGCUCUCGCUCGUCGACCUCGCCGUGUACAUCGCCUGUGCCAUGUCGUACAAGGGCAUCAAGCUUGACGGCGGCGACGGCGAUAGGAGGAGAAAGGUCUCUGCGCAUGUCUAG